AUGGCCCAAUCCAAACGUCUUUCCGCCCAAGAAGGGGCCAUCCGUUUCAUUGGGCUCAGGAUUGGCCCAUUGGCGGGGGGGCUCGGCGGACCAACGCCCGACCCGCUUCGUGGCCCGUGCCGAAACUCGGGCCAGCCCGACCCGUUUCUCGCCGAUGGCUUGCCGAUCACGUUCGACGCUCUCGCCGCCCCGUUUCAGACUCUUUCAAGAGCCGCCGUUCCGUUCAGCGCCGCUCUCUCGAUUGAGGAAGAAGGCGGAGGCAGGCGGAGGCAGGCGGAGGAAGGAGGAGACGAGGCCGAGCGUAGAGCUGCGCAAUACAUCCGAUCGAGAGACAUGAAAGUCGCUCCGAAGGUGGUUUUCCUGUUCAAGGACCAGGACGGGCUCGGUCCGGCGUUCGCCGCCGCUCUCCGGCCCGACCCGAGCUCCGACCUUCGCCGGCUGGAGGAGUCCUUCGAGCUUCCGUUGGAGCGCUACGGCAUCGGGGACGGCGGAGCUCGCGGGGAAGUCGUUCACUUCGUCGAUGGCCGUGGGGUUUAUCAGGUGUCCGUGCUGCAAAUGGAAAGUUACAAGCCACCUAUAUUGGCUUGCGCCCUUAAUGAAGUUUUGGCACAAUUAAUGGAUGAAACAUCAGAAACGAUGCCUACUCUUCUAGUUCCCUUUAUUUCAUCAUCAACAAACCUCAAGUCUGAGAAAAGAAGUUUACCCACGGACAGCAGAAGAGUAUCUCUUUACGGCCUGCAUAUAGGGAGAGAAACAGACGUCACUUGUGCUAUCAUGGCCGAAACCCAGAAGCCACCAUCAUCUUUGGAGAUCCAUUAUGAACCUUUAGCUUGCUUUCUUCAGCUUGUACGUGUCUUAAAGUUGCCAACCGUUAUUCUAGUUGGAAGGGUAGGUGAAAGGUUUUCUGAGAAGGGAUCGACAGAUGCUCUUGAGACACUUCACGCCAUGGGAGAGCUUUUGGCAAACAAUGUGGGGCUGUGCUUUUCCCGUGACAAGGUUGUGUGGAGCAACCCUUCAAAGACAUCAAGGGAUGAAGAAGAGCCGUGGCGUGCCCUAUACGGUUGAGUACCUAAUAUUUGUGAUGGCUAAGGUUGGGUAUCUGACUUGUCACUUGAUGCAUCUGCUGUAAGACGAUUACUUAAUGACACAUUCACAUAAUGUCGAAUUAAAGGCUUGGAAAAAUUUUCCUGCAGCAUAUAGCAGGCGCAUGGCUUUAACCUUCAAAUUCGCUUGAGACACUCUGUGGAUCUUGACAUUUUUAACACUGAUCCAUUUAUCCUUUGUUGUAAGAGAACAUUUACCGAAGCUAUAGCUUUUUGUCUCAA